AUGGCUGCGAUUGCGCCUGCCGGCGUCUCUGGUUUGGCACGUGGGGCUGCUGCAGAGAGCUGCGGUACGGCUGCAAUUGCGUCCGCCGACGCCUCCGAUUUGGCACGUCAGGCUGCUGCGAUACGGCUGUAA